ACAGCGGCCACAGGCUGCUGCUGCUCAGCCGGGAGCUUUAGCAAGGGGCUGGAUUCCUAACUAGCAACUCCUCACUCAGCUUUGUCGAUUCUGGAUUGAGAGGAGAGGCUUUUUCUCUUCUUGGAACACCUGAGCUGGGGUUUUUACCUAUUUUCUGAUUUUAAGUAGUUCCCUCCAUGAGAACUGAAUUUCAAGUGAUCCUCAAGGACAAACACAGUGCCCCUGGGCUGGAGGUGAGAGAGGAUGACAGCUUCUGAGGUUGCCUGCUAAAGGGCUCUGAGGUGCCUCCCCCAUCGCCCCCAUUCAAAAUGCCAUUUAAAGCAUUUGAUACCUUCAAAGAAAAGAUUUUGAAACCUGGGAAGGAAGGAGUGAAGAAUGCCGUGGGAGAUUCGCUGGGGAUCUUACAAAGAAAAAUCGAUGGGACCAAUGAGGAGGGAGAUGCCAUUGAGCUGAAUGAAGAAGGAAGGCCCGUGCAGACAUCUAGAACACGCCUCCCUGUCUGUGACUGUAGCUGCUGUGGCAUCCCCAAGCGAUACAUCAUUGCUGUCAUGAGCGGCCUGGGAUUCUGCAUUUCCUUUGGGAUUCGAUGCAACCUUGGAGUGGCCAUUGUGGAAAUGGUCAACAAUAGCACUGUGUAUGUGGAUGGGAAACCAGAAAUUCAGAUAGCGCAGUUUAACUGGGAUCCAGAGACGGUGGGCCUUAUCCAUGGUUCUUUUUUCUGGGGUUAUAUUGUGACACAAAUUCCUGGUGGCUUCAUUUCAAACAAGUUUGCUGCUAACAGGGUCUUUGGAGCCGCCAUCUUCUUGACAUCAACUCUGAAUAUGUUCAUUCCUUCUGCGGCCAGGGUGCAUUAUGGCUGUGUCAUGUGUGUGAGGAUUUUGCAGGGUCUGGUGGAGGGUGUGACCUACCCCGCCUGCCAUGGGAUGUGGAGUAAGUGGGCUCCUCCCCUGGAGAGAAGCCGUCUAGCCACGACUUCUUUCUGUGGUUCCUAUGCUGGGGCAGUCGUUGCUAUGCCCCUUGCGGGAGUAUUGGUGCAGUACAUUGGCUGGGCCUCUGUGUUUUACAUUUAUGGUAUGUUUGGGAUUAUUUGGUACAUGUUUUGGCUGCUGCAGGCUUAUGAGUGCCCAGCAGCUCACCCAACAAUAUCCAAUGCAGAAAAGACCUACAUAGAGACAAGCAUAGGAGAAGGGGCCAACUUGGCCAGUCUGAGCAAAUUCAACACUCCAUGGAGAAGGUUUUUCACAUCCUUGCCUGUCUAUGCCAUCAUUGUGGCAAACUUCUGUAGAAGCUGGACCUUCUAUUUGCUCUUAAUAAGUCAGCCUGCUUACUUCGAAGAGGUCUUUGGCUUUGCAAUAAGUAAGGUGGGUCUCUUGUCAGCUGUCCCACACAUGGUGAUGACAAUUGUGGUACCCAUCGGAGGACAACUGGCUGAUUACUUAAGAAGCCGAAAGAUUUUGACUACAACUGCUGUCAGAAAAAUCAUGAAUUGUGGAGGCUUUGGCAUGGAGGCAACCUUGCUCCUGGUGGUUGGAUUUUCCCAUACCAAAGGAGUGGCUAUCUCCUUCCUGGUGCUUGCUGUAGGAUUUAGUGGCUUUGCUAUUUCAGGUUUCAAUGUCAACCACCUGGACAUUGCUCCACGAUAUGCCAGCAUCCUCAUGGGGAUUUCAAAUGGCGUGGGAACCCUCUCUGGAAUGGUUUGUCCCCUCAUUGUUGGCGCAAUGACCAAGCACAAGACCCGGGAGGAAUGGCAGAAUGUGUUCCUCAUAGCAGCGCUGGUACACUACAGUGGAGUCAUCUUCUAUGGGGUCUUUGCUUCUGGGGAAAAACAGGACUGGGCUGAUCCAGAGAAUCUCUCUGAGGAGAAAUGUGGAAUCAUUGACCAAGAUGAAUUAGCUGAGGAGACAGAACUCAACCACGAGGCAUUCGUAAGUCCCCAAAAGAAGAUGUCUUAUGGAGCCACCACCCAGAAUUGUGAGGUCCUGAAGACUGAGUGGAGACAACAGAGAGAAGCUGCCUUCGAGGGGGAGGAGCCAUCACCCUACCAGACUGAAGAAGGAGACUUCUCAGAAACAUCCUAACAUCCAUCUUCCCUUCAGCUUACAACAAAAAGUAUCCACACCCAUUGCCUUUCCCAUACCUUGGCUUGUCAGGAGGCCAAAUCGGGGGGAAGGGGAGAUUAAAUCAACAACAAAGAAAAGAAAAAAUGCCUUCUUGCAAAGAUGGGAGUAUGAUCUCAGUUGAUAAAAUAGUUGAUCAUAUUUUUUGGGGGUGGAUUGGCCAUUGGCCAUUGAGCCUUCUCUCAAAAGAACUAGUUAUUCAGGAAGAUAUGGCUAGAAGAAUAAAGAGUAGCUUGUUGCUCAAAUAAAUGCUGGAAGAAAUCCCUCUUUGGUCUGGAGAAGAGUAGGUGGUGGUUGCCACCAUAUCUCCUAGGAUACCCAUGUACAGGAGAGUGUCCUAAACCUAAUGAAGGGAACCAUUCACGGGGGCCCUGGGUUGUGCCAGGUGCUUUAUGAACAUUCUUACUUAACCUCCACACCAUAACACAGUUAUUAUACCCACUUUAAACUAAGAACACUAAAACAAUAGGUUGGCCCUACCCAAGGUCGUCCUCUCAGGGCCUAGGCUGAGACUGGCAGAUGAGGGGGAGUUUUAGGAAGGAAGGAAGAAGGAAGGAAAGAAGGAAUGGAGUAAGUAAGGAAGGAAGGAUGGGAGGGUCCAUCUCAGUGUAGGGACAUUUUCAAUGGCAAAAACUAAAACUGGAAUCAGCUGUUUUGUGGGUAGUUCCAUGUUUGGUCAAGUGUGUGUGUGUGUGUGUGUGUGUGUGUGCAUGUGCGUGCUUGCGUGCUCGCAUGCAUGUUUGUAUAUAUGUAAAUAUUUAAACUAAUGUGGCAGAGGGAAUUCAAACAUAUGAAGUUCUAGAAUCAAAGACCCUUAAGGUAUUAUAUUACCUGUUGGACUAAACAAUGUGGUAAAUCAAUGGCUUUUUUUUUUUUAAGUCAUAGACUAGUAAACUAUAUAAAGCUAAGCAAGAUAGCUCAGUUUCCAGGAAUGGUUGAAAAGAGGUACGUGAAAUAUUGGCCAUUAAAUUUAAACCCUCUACAGCAUCAGGAAUUUGAUUAAAUAAUGUCUCAAGUUAACUAUAAGCCCCUAAGGCAUUUAAUACCUAAGAAGCAGGUUCAGGGGAGACUAGGUAGUAGUCUCAUGAAAGAAUCAUGUUCAAACAAAUGUGUGUCACCAGCUUUCUUGGAAAGUGUGGUCAGAUGAUGUAAGACUAUGCCUAAAAGACUCAUGAUGACUCCAUCUGGAAUAUUCAUAGAAAACAAAAACAGCAGCAAUUUUAUAGAGAAAUGCUGCAGUCAAAAUAUCUGAGAAAACCAGGCCUAUAAUUGGUAUUGAAGAAUUCAUCUGUGAUUGUGUAGGGCAAUAACAUGGAUACUGUCUAAAUACAUUUGAAAUGUAAUGUUAGCAUGUAAGGGCAUAUUAGAAAAUUGAAUUAUUUUCUUGCUCCUUAGUUUUGAAAUUUUUAUUUCUAUUUUCAGGAGGAAAAUUUAAUAUGAUGAUAAAACAUAAAUUUACUUGCAUAAUAUUUAUUUUCUAGUUUUUUUCUGUUUUAUUUCUGGACCCUUGUUACACUUACAGAGUUAUAAGGCACUUUAUAAAAAGACUUUAAAAGAGAAGAGCUGAUUUCCCAUUAAAUAAUGUUCUUUAUAUCACUUGUAGAUAGUUUGUGUUAUCAGAUGUUGUUAAAUCUCCUUAUUUUGUGAAUCCAUGUAAGUUCCCUAGAGCAGUUCUGGGCAUAAAGAAGCACUCAAGAAAUAGCUAUCACAUCAGCGUUAUCUUUAACUCUGUGUGACUAUGUAUUCUAGAGUGUCAUGUCAUUUCAUGCAUUGGCUACAGAGUUUAUUAUGAAAGUUGUACUGUUUUCUCAGUAAAAAAAGAAUUAGGAAAAAUAGUGUUUAUUUCUUUGUGUGUUAAUAAAGGAUAAUAACUAUAAGUAUAAAAAGAAACCUCAUGAUGAUCAUGAAGGUAAUGUAGAGUAUGACACAAUCUAUUGUUAGUAUUGACAUCAUGCAGAAAUACCACAUUUUGCUUUUAACCUGCGUGUAUGAUAUGUAUUUUUUAAUGGUGGGCUGGAUGAUGGCAUUAAACACUAUAAAGCAU